AUGCCUGAUACCCCUGAAAAGCUGAUCGUGCGCGGCUCGGUCAACAUUGACGAGUUCUUUGUCGUCGACCACAUCGUUCGCUCGGGCGAGACUAUCUCGUCUACAGACUACUCGCGGCGAGCAGGCGGGAAAGGCGCGAAUCAGGCUGUCGCAGCCGCCAAGGCUGGAGCGGAAGUGGACUUUGCUGGACUCGUGGGUAACGACGGCGGAUGGCUGCGAGACACGCUGGGAGGAUAUGGCGUCGGUACUUCGCUGCUUGGCGCGGACGAAACGCUCCCGACCGGUCGCGCCGUCAUCCAGCUUUCCUCUUCAACCGCCGACAACAGCAUCGUCCUCCUUCCCGGCGCCAACUUCUCCCAAAUCUCCCCCUUGCACGACCUCACAUCCGCGCAACUAUCGACGUACUCGCAUAUCCUCCUCCAGAACGAAAUCCCGCUCCAGGAGACCAAGGGUGCCCUCCGACGAGCCAAAUCGGCCGGCCUGACGACCCUCUUCAACCCAAGCCCGAUGCCUUCCCGACAAGCCCUUACGGAGUUUGAGUGGCAACAUCUCGACUGGCUCGUUAUCAAUGAGGGAGAAGGAGCAGACUUGCUCGCCGCACUCGCAGAUCCAACCGCGACGGAGUCGAGCGGAGGAGCGGCAGCAUUGCUGGGAGCGCUGAGACGGACAGCACUCGGUAGCUUGACGGGGAUCAUCAUGACGAGAGGGGCGGAUGGAGUCGUGUCGAGCUUGCGGGAUGGUUCGGUCGUCGAGGUUGGGCCAGGCAAGGUGGUCGGAGGCGUGAAGGACACGACGGGUGCGGGUGAUUGCUUUACAGGCUACUUCGCGACCCUCCUCUCCACCCUUCCUCGCUCGCCAGACUUCGCCCUCACACCCGCCAAGCUCCGCGAUGUCCUCGCCAUUGCCAGUCAAGCAGCGGCAAUCUGCGUCGAGUCGCCUGGCGCGAUGGAGAGCGUGCCAACGCUUGCUGCGGUGAAGGAGCGGAUGGGCGACGGCUGGAAGGAGGGAAUGGAGUGGGAGGCGCUGUUGCGGUAG